AUGAGAGUCUCGAUUGCCCAGGCCGCUGCCUUUCUUUCUUCUGUGUCUCUUGCUUCUGCCUCUGUUAUUCCUUCCUCUACUUCAAAUCUUAAUUCCACCCCCAAGAACAUCACCACUGUUGCCGGUACAACAGGUAUUGAGAUACAUCCUUCCUCAUCGAACCUCCUGUCGGCUGACCAAUUCAAGGCCCUGAUCAUGUUUCCAUUCACUUUCGCGCCCCUUGCCAGGGCUGCUUUAUUGGCACUGAUGAUGGCCUGGUGGGAACUCACAUUGGAAAUUGAUUCGGCCGAUGAGGAGUGUAGCAGCAGCCCUCCUCGAUUGAAUGGUCUUCCUCUCUUCUUGACCAAAGGCAAUGAUGUUGCUCGUGGCCAUAUCUCCUUCAAAUCAAAGCCAUCUAACGGCCUGGGCGAGAAAGAGGUGCGUGCGUCUUGGGAGUCAACCUGUCUCAGGGGAGAAGCCUCGAUAAUCUCCGUUCGGUUCGAUGAUAUUGCCGGCCAGAAUCAUGUCAGGGAUCCCUCUGGUUUCACAACAUCAUUCAAACAGAAAGGCCAGCCCACCGUCUUGCGGCUUCAAGACAAACCUCUCGAUCAUCUCUCCUCCCAAGAGGCCAUCUGUGAUGACUGGCUCAUUCCAGAAGAUCAGAGAUUGUCCAUCACUCCAAUCAUGCCCGAUCCCGAACCCUCUAUCGACAGUCGACUUCGGAUUGAAUACUUAAAGCUUGAAUCUCUCAAUACGGAGAUGCAUGAACUCCAUGACCAAGUGCGAAAGACUGAGGGCAGAAUCAUGUCUCUCCUGAAGCAAGACUUUAAAACAUGCUCUGAUGUGAAAUGCAUCUGGCAAACUGCUAUGGGCAAAGUACCAGCUAUUACCAAACUUAUCACAUUGCAUUUUUCACAUAAAACAGACCGCGACGCUGGCUGCAAAGCAGGCGAAGCCCAAACCACGUGCUUCACAGACGACGCGGACAAAAUUUUGAUUUCUGAUACUAGUUCAGAACUAGAUCAACCUCUUCCUAAAGUCGACGAAGUCCAUGACAAUGAGUUCGUACCAUCGCCGCUGCCGCUGCCACCACCACCGCCACCACCGCCUCAGGAAUCAGCCGUGCCUGUUCCUCCACCUCCUCCUCCAUCACCACCCACCCACGAAACUGAAGAUAAAGAAGACAAUCGACAUGCUCAUGAUCGUCCAUUUGGAAAUCCGGAUCGCCCUCCAUUUUGGCCACAUGGCCCGCCUCCAGGAUUCCCCCACCACCCUCCUGCUGAUCAUCAUGGUCCCCCUUUUCCCUCGGGGCCUCACGGCAGACCCCAUGGCCGACCCCAUGGACGACCCGGCCCACCCCCGUUCAGACAUGAACCGUAUCGCAGCUCUGAAUACCGUCUGGCGCUGGCCGUGCUUUCAUUCCUUCUCCUGGUCUUAGUCGGCACCCUGACCUUCCGUCUAAUCAGACGCAAGACUGCAUGGUUCCGUGAUCCCCGACGUCGAGCAGAACGUGCCGCUCGACGAGAAGAACGUCGAACUAGGAGACUGUACCGAAAGGCGGCGUGCAAACAUAAGUGGUCGACUUGGUGGAACAGGCAUCGACGCCAGUCCCCCGACGAUUAUGAAGAGAAGCGAGAGAUGAUUCUCGACCAAGAGGGCAUUCUGGACGUUGUAAUGCAAAACGAGAUUCGAACUCUGAGAAAUACUUCCGAUCUGGUUCGAGAUCUGGUCCGGGCUGAGGAAGGACGGGCACGCACUGAUUAUCAGGCGCAUCAAGCUGGAAUUCGUCCUGCUUAUGCACCUGCAGAGCUUGAUGCAGGCGUCGGGAGCAGCCGACUUUCUGACAUUCUUCCCUCUUAUGUACCGCCACCACCUCGGUACGAGGAGGAACUCGAGGGAGAAUUGACGGUUGUCGACGGAUUUCGCUAUGCGCCCAGCAAUACGGAUGAUACAUCCAUCAGCAGUGUUGUGGACUGCAGUCCAAGACUGAGCUUUGAAACAGGAAGGUCGACCCUAGUCACCAAAGAUGUUCAGGACUAG